CGAUACCAAUGCUACCACCUUGCGGCGAAAUAACGCACUGCGUGACAGCUGUACUAGAAAAUUUCAAAACAAUGAAAAUUUUUUCUGCUUUUUAGUUGAUUUUAUUUCUAUAAUUUAGGCUGAUUGGGAUCUUCAAAUUAAGAAAGAUGACUACAAGUAAGCAGCCUGUGAUGGAAUUAAUUCAUUCGGCAUUUCCACCACUGGUCGCCGCCCUUGUAUCCCCGCUGGCAGAGGAUGCGUGUAGAAGAAACAACCUGAAUUUUGUUGAGAUGCUCCAACCAUUCUGCACUCUUCCUGGUGACGCUCAUAUCAGAGAUCCAUCAGGAGCCCUUUUAUCAGUCCGCCCUGGAUUAAGAAUGUGCCUGCAGUACGCCAGCUGGGAGCCUCCAGCGCCUCCACUUGCCAGAAAGUGGCUGAAUGAGGCUGCAAGCUUGCAUCCGAAUCCCAAUGAUAUCAUCACAGUUGAAGCUGGCAAUCAAACCGUAGAGAUGCCCGCAAAGACUCCCUGGUUUGAAGCAUGGCGCAACGUUUUUCUGCAGGUCCAGUAUCCUUCUGACCACGAAUUUUUGAAGCACUACCUCGCCUGCAUUAUUGUGGUCAGCUCGGAAGACCCUGACCCGGUUGCCUGUGUUCAGUCCCUAUGGUCUGCCUGCACAGCAAACUCGGGCAACAAUCCUCACCAGCUGCCUAAAUGGUUUUUCAGCCCAGCCCUGCAAUAUCAUGUGCUUUUGCAUGAUGCCUCUUCGCCAACUGCUGACACUUCAAAGGCUGAGCAGCAUUUUGCGAGAUUGAAAGCUCAAUUCGGAGACUCCUACUGCACCCUGCUGCCAAUUAACACAGAAUCCAGCUUGAUGGAUGAUGACAAGAGCCCGCCUGCCGAUCCUUGGGCUCAGUAUGUGAUGGCCUCUGCCCGUUGCCCUCAGCCUCCAGGCAUCCUAAAUAGUCCAGGUGCUAGAACGCCAAAUGUGCUUGAGGAAGCGCAGGAAGUGAAUGAGGAAACGAUUCCGCAUCCUUUGAGUCCAGACGCCCCUGACUCUCCUGGAAUGCCACCAAUAAUGAAGGAGAUAAACUCUUACAAUGAGCAGCCUGUCUUGGCAGGCGUAAGAGGCAAACAUCUCAGUGCGGAGGACAGAGAAAAGUUGCGACAGCUCAUACCAGACUUUGCAACUAGAGUUUUACUGCCAUAUGCUGAGAAACAAAUUCAUACCUUGACAGAAUUGGUGAUAGCCAGGAAAGGCCUCAGCAGAUCCCUUUUUUCUGCAACCAAACGAUGGUUUGGUUCUAGCAGCAAACCUGGAACCACCGCCUCUUCGCCGCAAUCAAGUCCUGCGUCACAGAGUUAUUCUGCUGACUCAGCUGAAAGAGGUCUCAGAAGGCUGGGUGACCUCAGUUUUCUUCUUGGACUGCCUCAACUAUCAUUCCCUGCAUAUCAUGCACUGAAGCGAGACCUAGCUGCUGAUCAGGCGUGGCUCAUGCUAGCAGGUGCUCUUGAAAUGGCUGCUCUUAGUGCUUUCCUACUACCGGAACAGCCACCCACUUCUCCCAAAAGAGCCCAGGAGUACAUGGAAGAAGCAAUCGACACCUACCUGAAAUUUUGCAAGUUGCCUCAGUUUGCAACUAGAGCAGCUCUGUUGAGCUCAGAAAUUCUUAAAUCUAGAGGUCUAAUGGGUGAGGCUGCGCAGCAGUUAAUUAAACUGACCAGUGAAGAUUCUGAUUUAAGAAGUGCCCUUCUGCUGGAACAAGCUGCUUACUGCUUCUUUGGAAGUCACAAACUCCAAAAGUUGGUGAGAAAGUAUGGAUUUCACAUGGUGCUAGCUGGGCACAGAUUCAACAAAGCUGGUUUGCGACCACACGCCCUGCGGUGCUACCAACAAGCCUUGCAGAUUUUUGAAGGAAAACACUGGGGCCUGGCAGAAGACCACAUUUUAUUCACUGUGGGACGCCAAUCGGCCUUCCUUAGAAAAUUACCUGAAGCGAGAGACUCAUUUGCGAAGCUUCUUUGUUCUGGAAGCCAACAAGCAUCAGCACAACAAGCUGUUUUCUUGAGAGAAUAUUUGCAGACUGUUCAGGGCUUGUUGGCCAUUGACAAGGAAACCGGAAUCCCUAUAAUGCCAGUCCCAAUAGUUGACUGCAAAAAUUUGCAAACUUUGCUGGGAACACCAUCAGAGGGUCAAGUACAGGCUGAUGUAGCCUUUGUUUCUGGUACCACUUUUGACUCAAAAUUAGAUGGCGAAGAGAAAGUUGUUUGGGAGAAGUUGGAAGAACAACUGGUCACUGAAGCUCGUCUUGGCCAGACAUUUGUUUUCAAGCCAAUUCUACAGCUCCUCACGCCAAAAUCAAACAAUUCCACCAAACCAAAUGCAGUAAUCAAUGAGCAUUUAGCAGUCCAGCUAACAGUAACAAAUCCUCUGCAAAUUCCUAUUGUAUUUACAAGCGUUAGGCUUGUAUGGAAGUUCAGCCCUGAAGGCCAACCUGGUACUGAAAUCUCAAAUGAAACCGCCAAGGAACAAAACUCAGUUGACACUCAAACCCUUCCCUUGCUGACCCUGGACGCUGGUGCUUCACAGAAAAUUGUUCUUUGCGUCAUACCUCGACAGGUUGGAGAGCUGAGCAUCACUGCUGUGGCUUUUGAUUUGUGUGGCCCAGCCCCGAUCAGCUCUGACCAGCAACCCAUAGCUGUGACAGGCAAAAUUCCUCUUAGCGUCAAAGGAGAGCGGCUGAAGGGUAAAGAUAAUCCAGACUACAGGCUGACCAUCACUAUUAAGUCACCAAUGCCUCUUCUGCAGGCGAGACUUGAAGGUCUGGGAAGUAAACUGAUGUGUGGGGAAACAAAGCGGAUUGGUGUGCUUUUGCGAAACUCUGGUCCACAGCCUCUGAAGAACUUGCUAGUCAGCAUUUGGCCCCAUGAAGCUCAGUGUCUCGCCCUUCCAGUGGGCAGCAAACCCCCGCAGUCACCACUGAGUAACCUUGGCCCUCAGCAGCAGGGAUAUAGGGUUGGCACCCUAACAGUCUCAGCUGAGCCAAAGGUGUUGAGAAUUCCCCUGCCUGGGGACGUCUUAGGACCAAACCAAGAAGCCAGCAUCGACAUUUGGAUCAAAGCACCCAUGACACGGGGCUCUCUAAAACUGCACCUCAUGAUGUACUAUGAGGGAAUGGAAAACAAUCGGUACCGGACGCUCCAACACUCUUGGCGAGUGAUGCUGAACAAUCCUGUGUCGAUCACAGCGCAAGUUGUACGCAGCUCUUGUCCGACAAUAAACGGAGAACAAGCAAGGUCUGAGUCAUUAAAUUUAGCUCUUCAGAUUGCUCACAUGUCUUCUUUGGAGUCCGAAAACAGUGAAAGUGAUUUGAAGGACUCCUUGUCGAUUCAACAAAUUGCUGUUGUUAGUAAACAUUGGCACCUAGGGCCGAUGGUGAUUUCCCCUAAAGAUUGCAAACUUAAGCCUAGUGAGGCAUGUCAUCUGCUGUUCAAAGUUCUGCGAUCUGCUGACACAUGUGAAGACAAGAAGUACAUUUACUCUCACUCUGGAGUGGGAACUAGUCUAAACAGCCAAUUCACAUCAUGGCCAACGUUGAUUUUUUUGAUAAAAGAGUUUUUAGCAACAAACACUAGCACUGCCGAGUCUAAGCUAGAUCUCACUCUGUUAUUGAAGUGGAGGGUGUUUACUGGGAAGGAAAUCCACGAAGGACAACAUCAGCUCUCAAUCCUUGACUUGGGUACAACGAAAACGUGGCCUCAGUAUGGAGAUAGUCCUAUGCCUCCAAUCCCAGUGCUCUCUCCGCCACCUGAAAUAUCGCCUGAACUUGCAACAGCUCAAAGUCUAGUUUGCUUCAGUUUGCAGCACACUGCCUCAGUGAUGCAUGACUUUAAGGAGAUGUGUUUUUGUGUGAUUCCUGUAAAAAUUCACCUUCAAAAUUGUUCAGACCUGAGCCUUCAUGUGAUUGUUAGCUCCAACGAAACACCAAGUGGUGGUAUUUUGAGGAGCACUCAGCUAUACUCGCCUCAUGCUGGUUCUGGAUUUUGUUAUCUGGGACCAUCACGGAGGAUAAUUACCUUGGCCCCCAGAGCAUCAGCUAAUGUGGACCUGAAGGCUGCCCUCCCCCGCCCUGGAACUUACGACCUCUCCAGACGGCUUGCUGUAAUCAGUGGGGAGUUAGGCAAAAUCGAAACAUCUUUACAAACGUGGAAGUGUCCUUCCCCUCUCAUUGUUAGCCAAAAAAUAUGAAUUGUUUUACAUUCCUUUCACAGCCAAUAAAUUGUGAUUAGUCUUCUAACUCAAAA